UUAGACCGGUAAGGAUGGAGCAUUCUUCUCGGCCCAAUAGAUAGUCUCAAAGUUGGCUACUACAAGUCUGUAACAAACGGCGAUUUCUCCAAUGCUAUUCUCCUUGUUUCCGCUUUCAAAAUCAACCCAAACUCUUUCCUUCUCUCCAAAUGGGUUGUUCUUCAGCUCUGAGUAUGGCGUCCCUUAUCAAAAUUAUGCCUCUUUCUUCCUCAAACCCCGAUAUUAAUUAUGGGUUUCUUCUCAAAGGAACUAAGCCCUUCACCAAACUCUCUGCCGUCUCUCCCAACGGCUCUGUUUCUCGCUCCUCAUCGACUGGGGCUGUGAAUUCAUCCGGGGAUACUCAUCAACGAAGAAGCAGCCUUGAAUCUCUGUUUUGCUAUGACAAAGCUAUACCGGAGGAGAAGAUUGAGAAGCCUGUUGGAAUAUCUUUGGCUGAAAAAUCAAUUGGAGAUAAUCCCAGAUGCAAUGAUUGCCAUGCCAAGGGUGCUGUCCUUUGUACAACUUGCUGUGGUUCAGGCUUGUAUGUUGACUCUAUAUUGGAGAGCCAAGGCAUUAUUGUUAAAGUCAGAUGCCUAGGUUGUGGAGGCAGUGGUAACAUUAUGUGUUCGGAGUGUGGAGGGCGAGGCCAUCUUUGACAAAAUUAGCGGGUGCUCAAAGCUUCUCGUCUUUAGAUGGAUUUGUUCUUUUAGUUGUAUACAGUAAUAUCUUCUUUAACAAGUUCUCAUUUCUUACAAUCUUGUAGCCUUUGAUUAAUUUGUUGGAGGUGCCAUUGUAAUGCAUCCUCCUCCUUUUUCCUUUCUUUUUUUUUUUUCCGGAAUAAGUAGUUUUUCCUCUAAACUUGUUCUGUUCAGGUUUGUAUCAACUGUUCUGUAUAUUGAACAAGCAUGAAUCUACACAAAAUAUUGCUUAUUUGUAUUGUGAGGCUACAAACUUAUAUAAGAAUUUAAGUAUGGUUUCUUAUA